AUGAAUAAUCCACAAUCUGAUGAUUCGGAGUCGAGAUCUGAUACUCAAAGUAUGGUUGAGCAGGCACCACUGGUAAAAGAUGCCGAAGAAGCCUCUGAUAAAUUUGAGAAAACACAGGAUGAUGAUGAAGACCCAGAGGAUAUAAGUGACUAUCCCAAGCUCUUUGAGAAGUACCAGGAAAGAUUUAGCAAGGCUUAUACGAUUUCACAAAAAUUGUUUGACAUCGAAAAAGCCCAAAGAGAGACUCUCAGCUUCUAUAAACGAAGAAACAAUGCAAUAAUAGAUACUCUAUGUGAAAUGGAGGAAAAAGACGCUACAAGCUCACUAAAUAAGGACAAAAAUUCACAAAUUACUGAAAUAGAUAAAUCGAGGAUUGAAAAUAUUAUAUCUUUAAAUCCCAGAGUAUCAAAGUACCUUUCUUAUGUAUUAAAUGAAUCUGAAGAUUUCAAGGUCAGCAAAUCGAAAGAAAUAAAUCUCCUAAUCAACGAGUCUAUCGCUGAAUUAUCUCAGGAUGAUUUAAUCAACCAAGAAAUUAAUCCACAAGACGUCGAAAGUUGGUGCAGAAGGCACUAUCAAAAUUUGGUUAUUUCAA